AAAAAAAAAAAAAAAACCCCAGCCACCCUCAACUGGCCCCCCUCCCGUCAGCCACCCUCCCCCCUUCCGGCGGCCGGCGCUUGGGCGAACGCCGGCGACCCCACCCCAAACACUUUCCCCCACCAACGGACGACGAUGAUGAUGAUUGUAUGAUUGUAGGGGGGUCGAUUCGAACAAGGGGAAAAUCGAAAAAUUUUGACCUCUAAUUCGACAAGUUGUGUCGAAAUUGAUUGAGGGCUUUGUUUUCUUUAGAUUUCAAUUGCAAAAUCAUGUAAAUAAUUGUUAUUUUCGUUUUGAAAUCAAAGAGUUUGAUUCAAAAGUUCUUAUAAACCCUAACUUUUUCCCCAAAUUGAUUUUGAAUGAAAAUCAUCAAAUUAAUUCAAUAAGAUUGAAAAUUGAUACCAAAAUCUUGUUUUGGGAUUGAAUUCGAACAUCAAACGCUAGAAACUCCUGAUUUUAAUUCGAAAUUGUUCGAAUUUUGGGAUGUUUUUGUUCUCAUGUUCGUCACGGCACCGUAGGAGGCUGCGUGUAAGGGUUGCGCGCCAUUCAAAGGCCGUCGGUGGUUGCGCCGGCACGCGUUUUUCCGGCGAUCGUUGAGGCCGCGCGUUGGCUGGAAUCAGGCUGCAGCGUGGUGGUGGCUGGAAGCUGUUCAUGGCUGCCGCCUGCUGCUGCGAACCUGACUGCUGCACUUGACUUGCUGCUGCGUGGCUGCUGCGUUGGCUGGAGUUUCCUUCUGGCUAAAGUGGGGCCCACAAACGGCAAUAUUAACGGAUUUCGUCAACUGGUAGCAAAUUUUAACAUAUGUGGUUUUAGGUGGUAGCAAAAUAAAAUAAAAUUUUUAAGAGGUAGCAAAAGUGAAACGGUGGUGUUUUAGUGAUACCAAAAGUGAAAAUUUCCUAAUAAAAAUGAAAGAAUAAAAAGAAAGGAUAAAAGUAUAAAUGGGUAUAUUAGUAAUUUUAUUCAAUAUCUCAAUCUUAUUCCCUAUUCUUUCCAAAUAAAGGAAAAUAACAAAUUUAUCCCUAUCCCUCUUAUUAAUUCCUUAUACAUAUCCCAACUUUUAAUACUCCUUAUUCUAUCCCUCGUGAAACGCCCCGUGACUUUAAAGUCUUCAAACUAUGAGUUCAUAAUUGGAUAAAGGACACAAAGUGAAACACAAGUUGGGAGACACAAUCGCAACAAACAUUUAGUUGGCGCUCACAAUCCACUGUCGAAAGGAAGAAGAAGACGAAGAAGAGGGACAAUGAGCCGUUCUCUCCUCUCUCACCUCUUCGCACUUCCCAACUCCUCUCCUCGCUUCACUUCUUCACUCUCUUAUUCGGCAAUUUCUGGUCCAAUUUUGAAGCGGAAUUCUCAAUGCACCUUCCGUUGUUGCUCUAGCGCCGUUGUUUCGCAUCCUGAAACCUCGUCGCCUUCGCCGCCUCCGCUCAAGAAGCGAGUUGUCUCUGGAGUCCAGCCAACCGGAGCUCUACAUUUAGGGAAUUAUCUUGGUGCCAUAAGAAACUGGGUUUCACUUCAGGACACCUAUGAAACAUUUUUCUUCAUUGUUGAUCUUCAUGCGGUAACGUUGCCUUAUGAAACUAAGGAUUUAUCCAAAGCAACGAAGGAUACAGCAGCUAUUUACUUGGCAUGUGGCGUUGACAUUUCGAAGGCUUCAGUUUUUGUACAAUCUCAUGUCCGAGCACAUGCAGAACUUAUGUGGUUGCUGAGUUCUACCACACCAAUUGGCUGGCUUAAUAGAAUGAUACAAUUUAAGGAGAAAUCACGUAAAGCGGGUGAUGAAAAUGUUGGGGUUGCACUUUUGACGUAUCCUGUUCUCAUGGCUGCUGAUAUUCUAUUAUAUCAGUCAGAUUUUGUACCAGUUGGAGAUGACCAGAAGCAACAUCUUGAAUUGACAAGACAGCUAGCUGAGCGUGUGAAUAAUUUGUACGGAGGAAGGAAAUGGAAGAAAAUGGGAGGGAGAGGGGGCUCAAUCUUUAAGAUACCUGAACCACUUAUUCCACCAACUGGAGCUCGGGUGAUGUCUUUGACAGAUGGUCUUUCAAAGAUGUCUAAAUCAGCUCCUUCCGACCAGUCUCGAAUUAAUCUGUUGGACCCAAAGGAUGUUAUUGCAAAUAAGAUCAAACGUUGCAAAACUGAUUCAUUUACAUGGCUGGAAUUUGACAACCCCGACAGACCUGAAUGCAAUAACCUUCUCUGCAUUUAUCAACUUGUAUCAGGCAAAACAAAGGAGGAGGUUGCUCAAGAAUGUCAAAAUAUGAGCUGGGGAACAUUCAAACCACUUGUUACAGACGCAUUGGUUGCUCAUUUACAACCCAUUCAGGCACGUUAUGAGGAAAUCAUGUCUGAGCCUAGUUAUUUGGAUGGAGUUCUAGCAGAGGGUGCAGCUAAAGCUACGGAUAUAGCAGAUAGUACUCUUAAUAAUGUCUACCAGGCGAUGGGGUUUCUUCGAAGAUGAGCUUAAUUGGUGGUGCAUGCAAUUUUUUCAUGCAGCCUUUUCCAAGGACAUACUAUGUAAUUGUAAAUCAAAUUUACUUGUUCUGGAACAUUCAUUAGCCUUUUAUUUUUUGCUAUCCCCAUUAGCUUCUUUUUAGGAAGGCAAAAUUGCACUGAGUAGGAAAUAGGAACUGGACUCAUAUUCAGCCUCCGGCGCAUUCAUUCUUUUUACAACAUUAUAGAAUUUAGAAUUUUAAUAAUUUAUACAUACAGCUUGAAGUGAUGAGACUCUUGCAAUGUAC